AAAGAUAAGGGAAUAAUUUGAAACAUAUAUGGUGGUUAAUUCUUGCGAACCAAGUUGAUUAUAAGGCAUUGGGUCCUUGGCAAUUAUUGAUGCUCACGUGGUGCAGUUUGAUGAACCUCAGUAGGAUCUAUCCUCUACAUUUGUUUAAUGUUUGGUAUAUGUAGAAGACAGAGUUGCUGCAAUUCAGUUCUUUGUGUUGGAAAAGCAGACUUCAAACUAAUUGCAAUUCAUGUGAAAAUGGUGAUUCCGUCUGGAGAAAUUACAGCUGGACCCUUUUUCCACUCGGUUGAUGUGAAGCGGAGCAUGGAGGAAGGUGAAAAACGAUUCAAUAAACUUUCUAUUGAAGAGCGUGGAAAAUUUGACGAAGAGACACUAGUCAAUGUGAACAACAUAAAAAAGCAAAGUGCCACCAGCCAGAGAGCUAGUGGAUUCAGCAAUGAAUACAUAGUGAUAACAAUCUUGGUGGCUGCCGAAGGCAUUCACAAACUGCCAACCAUCAAUAGCAGCAGAGACCUGAAGGAAGCCUUGCAAAAGAUUGGCUCUAUUCCCUCAAAUAGAACUCUGGCAGUUGAGGUAUUAUGGACCCCUCAGAAUGAGAAUGACACGUUGUCCGAGCGAGAAUUGCUUGAAGAUUACCCACUAUUGCGGCCUCUAUAA